AAAAGUAGUACUAUAAUCUGGAAUGAAGCAGAGCUAAGAUCAUUCAUCAAUCUCAUGGUUGAUAAUGUCCGAAACGGAUUGAAGACAAACUCAACAUUCACAAAGGUUGGUUGGGACAACAUUACAAAAGGGCUUGAAGCCGAAUUCAAAAGGCCCUUUGCGAAAGUACAACUGCGUAACAAGAUGAAUAAGUUACGCAAGGAGUACAACAGCUUCAGGGCUUUGUUAGAAACAACUGGUUUCGGAUGGGAUGCGAAUGCUCGGACUGCCACAGCUGAUGAUUCAGUAUGGGAAUCUGCUAUUCAGGGAAACAAGGAUUGGGCAAAGUAUAGAAGAAAUGGUCUCCCCAUGUGGCCAGAGUUGUUAGAGAUCUUCUCCGACUCUAGUGCCCAUGGGGAUAGAGGUCUGUCACAGGCAACAGUUGUAACUCCAACGUCAACUAACCUUGAAUUUGAUGAUGAUUUACAUGACACUGAUAAUGAUGACAGUGAUGCUUGUACUGGGACACCCAACGGGUCAGCUCCUCCGAAGCGGCGACUUGAUAGGACUCCUACGGAUCGUAGGAGGAAGAGCCACACACGGACACUGACGAACUCCGCUGAGGACUUUAGAACCUUCGUCCGAUGGAGGAUGGAAAAGGGAUCAACCUCUGCCACCUCAACAGUUACCCGACCACCUGACCCUAUUGUUGAUGGACCAUAUAGCAUGAUCAGCUGUCAAAAGCUACUGGACAGUUUGGAAGAUAUCCCGACGGAUUUGUAUGUGUUAGCGCAGCGUAAGAUACACAGUGACCCUAGAUGGCGCAUGUCUUUUGUUGAAGUGAGACCUGACAGGAGGUUAUGGAUGCUACAUGGUCUGAAGGAGUGAAAGUAACAGUUUCUGAAUUGAAUGGUUUGAAGGGAGCAUGAAUGAACAGAAAUCUUUUGUUUGGAUUUUAUAUGCCUCAUAUUGACUGACACACUUAUGUCUUUUAUCAUACUAUGGAUGAUGUUGAUGUUUGACUCAUGUUGCUUUGUUUUAUUUUGAUUGCGUGUGCUUCAUAUUUACAGUAGUGGAGAUGACUGUUUAUGAUUGUGAAA